AUGACACCAUUCACGACAUUAUUCGCGCCAUCCUUACCACCACACUGUACACCGACCGAACCCUGGCUGUUCGACCUAUCUUCAUACUUCCAUUCGUGCAUACCGACACCGCAGGCCGCCAUCUCCACCGGUCUUGGGACCUUGUCGAUCGUAUCAUGGCUGUUCGCACAGAUGCCUCAAAUAUACAAGAAUUACCAGAUCAAAUCGACGGCGGGGCUCUCGUUAUUCUUCCUGGUUGAGUGGCUGUUGGGAGAUGCUACCAAUCUACUGGGGGCGUUGUUCACACACCAGGCGACGUGGCAGGUGAUAAUAGCCAGCUACUAUGUCUUCGUGGACGUGUGUCUGGUCAUACAAUAUUUCUGGUACACAUACGCGUCUCGAUGGGUGUAUGCAGAGAGUCUGCACUCAUCGAGUAGCAGUAUCGAUGGAGACGACGCCAGUGAUAUGAUCAAUAGUCUGUCGCCGAUCAACACCAGCUUCCGUGACGACGCGGAACCGAACAUGGAGGAAAUGAGCCGAGCGGACGAGCAGCCGACCAAACCAGUCAAUGCGCCCCAGUUCUCCAAUGUUGACUAUGAGCAGUCUGCACCGCGACCGACCAGUAUGGGCGAGAAGUUCGGGACAAGCUGGCUAGCAUCACCAAGAACAAUGCUCUUUGCCACGACUCUAUCCACAUUGACCAGACCUGCUGCAUCGGCACCAAUCCCGCCUCCCUCGGACUUGAGCAAGAUACAUCUCUUCCGAGCGGGAACGAACCUGGAGCUUGCUGGGAUGAUCCUUUCUUGGUCUUCAACGUUGCUCUAUCUUGGCUCACGCCUCCCACAGCUGUACAAGAAUUGGACGAGGCAGUCAACGGCAGGCCUAUCGCCAUUAUUGUUCUUUGCGGCGUUCUGUGGCAACUUCUUCUAUUCAAGCUCAAUGCUCACGAAUCCGUACGCGUGGAACGACUUCGAGCCAUACGGAGGACAUGGCUGGGCAGAUGAGCACGGCUCGAAGCGUCUGGAAUGGAUUGCGAGCGCCGCGCCAUUCUUCUUGGGUGCGUUUGGCGUUUUGUUCCUCGACGCUACGAUGGGAGUGCAGUUCCUUAUGUACGGAGAGACGGAACAGAAGGUCGUCAAAGUCAGAGAUGGGAAGGGACAUAGUCAUUGGGAAAGGGUGAAUGGUUGGAUGCGAGGCUGGAUCCCAACGAUCAGUGGCAAAGAGAAGGUGGUCGACCUGGCUGAGAGCCAGAGGUUGCUUGGUGACAGUCGUGGCCAUCAGAUGAAUAGGCGGAGCACGACGGAGUAUGGGACUUUGGGGACGUUAUGA